UCGGCUUUAAAAUUCAGCAUUCGGAUGGCAGUGCAGCUCUCACUGUAUACCCGAAGACUGCCGAGUUGAACUCUCCGCUUCCACAUCAGAGCGCGCGCAUUAUCUGCACCAGUGCUGAGUUGUCAUUGCCACCAAUAAGAGCUACACAAUCUACAGGAAAACAAAAGAGACGAUGAGAAGUGGCUUGCUGUUGGCGAUCCUGUCCCUUAUGAUGACAAUCCGAUCAUGCCAGUCCAGCUGCGAAGAGCAGGAACCGCACAAGCCGGAGUCGCAGAAGAGCCCGGUUUUUUCCAACCUCCCGCGUGGUGUUCUGAAGAGAUAUAACGGUAUAGAUUAUGACAGCUUCGUGGGCCUUAUGGGUAGAAGAAGCACCGGUUCAAAUGACUUACCCCCUCCACAGAAAAGAGACAUGCAUGAUUUCUUUGUUGGCCUGAUGGGUCGGAGAAGUUCAGAGUCUGGGAGUACGAGGCCAUGGAGGAGUGAGAGCCCAGCACGGACAGGCGGAUUCUUCUUUAACAAGUGCAAACUGAGGUUUCAGCGCGGUGUGUAGGCCAGUCCCAGCAGCUCCCAGCGGUUCUCACCAGAAACGUCUUAGCAUACUGCCUAGUUUGCUCCUUCUUUUGGUUCCAGAUUUCAGAUGUCAUUAUGUGCAGUGAAAAAAGAAGAGCUUCCAUUUCUUUUGGGGAGGAAAGAAAGAAAUGACUGCGGGACUAAAACUCGAUGCGGAAUUUGCCAGAAGCCCAGUUACACGACUGCAGCCCGGUAGCAAAGAUGUCUGAAAUUUGUAUAUAUUUUUGUAUGUAACAGAUAUUUAUCUGAAAACACAAAGAUAAUAUCUGCAGUAAUAUCCAUCCAAUUACCUUUUUCUUCAAAAAUGUUCAAUAACAGUACAUUUUUUGUAAAUAAACAAGCUAUUUCAUUGA